AUGGCGAGAAACAGAAUCGUUCUCGACAGCUCCGACGAGUCAUCAAAUGAAUCCGGCGACGAUAACUCCGAAUCCUCACAAUCUUCUGGUGCCGCUCUCAUCGACGACGAAGCCCAUGAGUCCAGCGACGUAUCAAGCUCUGACGAUGAGCGCAGUGACCUCUCUAGAAGCGGGGACGACCGCGUCUUUCACCAGUUCUCACGUCUACCGCCCGAAAUACGCCAACGCGUAUGGCAAUUUGUUUGUCCGGAUCUGGAAAACCCAAAGCCUCGCGUCUUGACCCUUCGCCUUGUGAAUUACGGGCCCAGGGUUGAGCCGCGAUUUUUUGAUGACCUAUGGCUCGAACCACAGACCGCGGCGCUGCGACGGGUGUCUUCGAUACAUCACGAGUCAAGGAACCUAGUAACAUUGAAAUUUCCAAACGUCUUGGGCAUCGAGGCUGGCGACUGCGGCGACGCAUUGAUUCGUUACAAUGCGGACCGCGACAUUAUUCUGGUCGGUGGCAUUGGGUGGGUCGAUGCUCGCCAGAUAUUCGAGGAUUGGGCCAACGUCUUCGCCCAAAUAGGGCAUCUCGCCAUCCCUAUUGAUUGGUGCGACUUAAUUCGUGACAAUCUUGACAGGAUUGGCGCUAUGACCGGCCAUCGUCUCAAAAGAUUCUAUCUAGCGAUAGCAGAAGAUGUUAUGACGGACCGCGAGAAACGAUGGGCUGUGACGGAGCAUGUCCAUUGCUACGAUGCAGAGUACGAGGAGGAUUUGGGGCGUGUUGUUGAAACUCAAACCACCCGGUGGACAUGGCCCGACGUCGACACGUUCCCCGACUUUGCCAAAUAUCACGCGCGGGGCGCUAUAGAGCGCCACCUGCCGCCAGACGUUACGCUUGAAGAUCUGGCCGGAGACGGGGAGACUGAGUUCCUACCCAUGAUAGAAUGGGAGAUGGGGGCAGGCGGCGACGAUAGCGAGGACUAUGACUUUGCAGGGCCCAGUUUUGUUCGUCUGUGGCAACGGUACCAAUGCGGAGUGCCGUUGGAUCAAGACAGCGGAGACUCGGGAGAUGAUUUGGACGACGACUUCCUCAACCCUGCCAAUUUCGAAGACGCCUACGAGAACGAGGGACUGGAUGAUGCUUCUGUCGUGGAAUUGGAGACUGACUCUGGAGAUGAGCUCCUACCCGGCCCCGUCAAUGUCGAUGACUCGUCGGAGACAGAAGCUGGCGAGCCUCAUGCUGGGCGAUUCUCCAGCCCUGAUAUCAGCAGUGAGGAAGAGGGAGAGGAAGAACAAAAGCCCGGUCCAUCACGGCAAUCGAAACGGAAAAUUGUUGACGAUUCCAGCGACGAGGGAGACGAGGCCCCUCCCGCGAAACGGGUUCGGACUCGGCCGGUGGUCGUCAUCUCUGAUGAUGAAGACGAGAAGGAGGACAGGGAGGAGCCGGUGCGUGGGCCAGCCCGCGGCAGAGCGCAGGUCAUUUCGUCAGAUGAGGUGGAGGGUGACGGCGUCGCAGCCGCUUCGACCAGCUCAGACUAUGCAGAUGAAGUUGAAGAUGAAGAUGAAGAUGAGGAGCCGUCAUCACGCACUCUCACGCUAGCUCAGCGGCUGGCAAAGUUCCGAGAGGAAAUUCCCACACCGGCUGCCCGUGCGCGUGGCCGUCACCAUGCCCCAGGCAGCGACGAAGAUGAGGAAAGCUCGGACGAUGACAGCGAAGGAGGAGAAGAAGAAGACGGGGAAAGCGAAGACGGUUCAGGCAAUGAGAACUCACUCGUUGAUGGAAUCGCCAGCGAGACGGACGACGACGAUGGCGACGGUGAAGAGGACGACGAGGAAGGCUGGUGA